CAGAAUAUCAUUGGACGGCGUCAUCAACACUUCGAAGACAGAUUUCUCUCCAUUUGGGCGGAGCUUUUCAAGCAGCAACUCCCCUCGUUUUCAUGGACAACUCAACUCUUGAUAUCUCCCCUCAGACCUUCCCACCUUCUUCUUCUCAUUGUUCACUCUCAUUAUCUCUCCCUUUCUGCUUUCUCGCUCCUCAGCUCUUCGGGUCCCAAAAGCCUUCCCUUUUCUGUUCACAUUCAACCCUUGUUCUUCAUUCAUUCAUUCAUUUUGAUCUUGUUCUGAGACAAUUAAGGUCGCUUUGUUUUCAAAAUGGAUGCCAUAAUGCCCAUUUGCAAGACUGUAACUCCAAGUCCUGAAAGUUCAAAACUUUAUGCUUUAUCCAAUGCAGCCAAACAGAUGAUAAGUGAAAGAUCCUAACCGACUACUAGGGAAAAGUAAAAUAUUGGAGAUCCUAGAUAAAUUAGCAUUUACGAAACCAAUGAGGGCUUAUUUUUUGGGAAAACUAGAGAGAUACGGAGUUCCAAAUGUAGCUUUAUGGUGGGAAAUAAAGUCAACUUUUUAAGGCAGAGAGCUCAGGGUGCUCAAGUUAGUUUCAAAUCCAGGAAGCAUGGGGGAGCUCUCCAUGCUACAUGUCGAGCUGAAAAAAUUCUGGUGGCAAAUAGAGGAGAAAUUGCUGUUCGCAUUAUUCGAACUGCCCAUGAGAUGGGAAUACCUUGUGUGGCUGUUUACUCAACAAUAGACAAGGACGCACUUCAUGUGAAAUUGGCUGAUGAAUCAGUUUGUAUUGGUGAAGCAGCAAGCAGUCAGUCGUACUUGGUUGUUCCAAAUGUUUUAUCUGCUGCUAUCAGUCGGAAAUGUACAAUGCUGCAUCCCGGAUAUGGUUUCCUGGCUGAGAAUGCAUCAUUUGUUGAAAUGUGCAGAGAACACGGAAUCAACUUUAUUGGGCCUAAGCCUGACAGCAUCCGUGUUAUGGGUGAUAAAUCGACUGCCAGAGACACAAUGAAGAAAGCAGGUGUUCCAACUGUACCAGGAAGUGAUGGAUUACUAGAGAGCACAGAAGAAGGAAUCAGGCUUGCCGAUGAGAUUGGCUUUCCUGUUAUGAUCAAGGCAACAGCAGGAGGCGGAGGACGUGGCAUGCGUCUUGCUAAAGAACCUGAAGAGUUUGUGAAGUUGUUACAGCAAGCAAAGAGUGAGGCUGCAGCUGCUUUUGGAAAUGAUGGAGUUUAUUUGGAAAAGUACAUCCAAAAUCCUAGACACAUUGAAUUUCAGGUUCUUGCAGAUAAAUAUGGUAAUGUUGUUCACUUUGGAGAGCGGGAUUGCAGUAUCCAGAGAAGGAACCAAAAGCUGCUGGAAGAAGCACCCUCCCCCGCAUUGACCCCAGAAUUGCGUAAAGCUAUGGGUGAUGCAGCAGUUGCUGCAGCAGCAUCAAUUGGUUACAUUGGUGUUGGAACCGUUGAAUUCCUUUUGGAUGAAAGAGGCACCUUUUACUUCAUGGAAAUGAACACACGUAUUCAGGUUGAGCAUCCUGUGACAGAGAUGAUUUCCUCUGUUGACUUGAUUGAAGAACAAAUUCGUGUAGCUAUGGGAGAAAAACUUCGAUACUCACAGGAUGAGAUAGUGCUCAGAGGACACUCAAUUGAAUGUCGUAUCAAUGCAGAAGAUGCUUUUAAAGGAUUCCGACCUGGGCCAGGAAGAAUAACUGCCUACUUACCAUCUGGAGGUCCCUUUGUUAGAAUGGAUAGCCAUGUUUAUCCUGAUUAUGUGGUUCCUCCAAACUAUGAUUCCCUUCUUGGAAAGCUUAUUGUUUGGGCACCAACAAGAGAAAAGGCAAUUGAACGAAUGAAGAGGGCUCUUGACGACACUAUUAUAACAGGGGUUCCCACAACCAUUGAAUAUCAUAAACUUAUCCUUGAUAUAGAGGAUUUCAAAAAUGGGAAGGUUGAUACCGCUUUUAUUCCAAAGCACGAAGAGGAGCUCGCCGCGCCCCAACAUUUGGUGCUAAAGAACUAGCUGCUGCAUCUGCUUGAAGUGCUACCAUCUUCUCUAGUCGACCACAUUAGAGAAGCUGCAAAUCAUUCACUUUUUUUUUUCUUUUUCUUUUUUGUAUUUUAGUUGUUUAAUUUGUGUUCUUGUUUAUUUUUAUAGCACUAGGAACAUUGACAUGCCUAGUAUAUGAGAAUUCCAUUUGAAAUUUUGAUAUGUUCUUCUGUUUCAA